CAGGUGAGCUGGUGCAGUAUAAAAGGUGCUGGGUACGGGCUGUGGGAUGCAGACACGGUGAUGUGUCUCUGGAGACAGUAACAGCUGACCGGAGGGGGGAUUCACCUGACUGAGAGGAAGGAUGGGGUUUGGAACAGGUAACGAUAGGUACAGGUUGGCAUCAACCUCUGAGGAUGAUGCUGCGAAAAAGAGGAAGAAGGGAAGGAGGAAUCAAAAAGACCUGGAAGAACUGAAGAAAGAAGUGGAAUUGGAUGAUCAUAAGCUGACUGUGGAAGAGCUACAACGUAAAUAUGGCACAGAUAUUAACAGGGGUUUAUCUCAUUACCGUGCCAAGGAGAUUCUGGACCGUGACGGCCCCAACGCCCUGACCCCGCCUCCAACUACCCCGGAGUGGGUGAAGUUCUGUAAGCAGCUGUUUGGUGGAUUCUGCACUCUGCUCUGGAUCGGAGCUGUCCUUUGUUUCCUGGCUUACACGAUACAGGUCACAACAGAGAGUGAACCUGUCAAAGACAAUCUGUACCUUGGAAUAGUACUUGCCGCAGUGGUGUUGAUCACAGGAUGCUUCUCCUACUACCAAGAGGCAAAGAGCUCAAAGAUCAUGGAGUCCUUCAAGAAGCUCGUCCCUCAGCAAGCCCUUGUAAUCAGAGAUGGUGAGAAGAAGAGCAUCAAUGCUGUAGAUGUGGUGGUCGGUGACCUUGUGGAAGUGAAGGGCGGCGACCGAAUCCCUGCUGAUCUGCGUAUUAUUUCUGCACAAGGAUGCAAGGUGGACAACUCUUCUCUCACUGGUGAAUCUGAGCCCCAGACUCGCAGUCCUCAGUUCUCUAAUGAAAACCCUCUGGAGACAAAGAACAUCGCUUUCCUUUCCACCAACUGUGUUGAAGGAUCUGCCACAGGUAUCGUCAUCAACACAGGCGAUCGUACUGUGAUGGGUCGUAUCGCUAUCCUCGCCUCCAGUCUUGAAGUCGGACAGACUCCAAUCAACAUUGAGAUCGAGCACUUCAUCCACAUCAUCACUGGAGUGGCUUUUUUCCUGGGUGGAACUUUCUGCAUUCUUUCUAUGAUUCUGGGAUACACCUGGCUGGAAGCUGUGAUUUUCCUUAUUGGACUGAUUGUUGCCAACGUUCCUGAAGGUCUACUCGCCACAGUCACUGUGUGUCUGACCCUAACCGCCAAGCGAAUGGCCAAGAAGAACUGCCUGGUGAAGAAUCUGGAAGCUGUGGAAACUCUUGGUUCUACUUCCACCAUCUGCUCAGACAAGACCGGAACCCUGACCCAGAACCGGAUGACUGUGGCCCACAUGUGGUUCGACAGCCAGAUCCAUGAAGCCGACACCACAGAGAACCAGAGUGGAACCGCCUUUGAUAGAAGCUCUCCUACAUGGUCGGCUCUGGCUCGUGUUGCUGGACUGUGCAACCGUGCUACUUUUCUGGGUGAUCAGUCCAACAUUCCUGUUCUUAAGAGAGAUACAGCUGGAGAUGCCUCAGAAUCUGCUCUGCUGAAGUGUAUUGAGCUCUGCUGUGGUUCAGUGAAGGAGAUGAGAGACCAGUACACGAAGCUGGCUGAGAUCCCCUUCAACUCCACCAACAAAUACCAGCUCUCAGUCCACAAGAACCCAAACUCUGAAGACACCAAGCACCUGCUGGUAAUGAAGGGAGCCCCUGAAAGGAUCCUGGACCGAUGCUCGACUAUCUUGAUUCAGGGAAAAGAGCAGCCUCUGGACGAUGAGCUGAAGGAAUCUUUCCAUAACGCGUAUCUGAAACUGGGUGGUCUUGGAGAAAGAGUUCUAGGUUUCUGCCAUUUCAACCUUCCUGAUGACCAGUUCCCAGAAGGCUUCGCAUUUGACAUUGAAUCAGUGAACUUCCCCACUGAGAACCUGUGCUUCGUUGGUCUGAUGUCUAUGAUUGAUCCUCCUCGUGCUGCUGUACCUGAUGCCGUAGCCAAGUGCAGAAGUGCUGGAAUUAAGGUCAUCAUGGUGACAGGUGAUCACCCAAUCACAGCAAAGGCCAUCGCUAAAGGCGUGGGUAUCAUUUCUGAGUCCAGCGAGACUGUGGAAGACAUUGCUGCUCGUCUGAACAUCGCCGUUGAAGAAGUCAACCCAAGGGAUGCAAAGGCCUGUGUGGUUCACGGAGGUGAACUGAAGAAUAUGACCCCCGAGCAGCUGGAUGAUAUCCUGAAGCACCACUCUGAGAUUGUGUUCGCCAGAACUUCCCCACAGCAGAAACUCAUCAUUGUGGAAGGAUUCCAGCGACAGGGUGCUAUCGUGGCUGUGACUGGUGAUGGAGUGAACGAUUCUCCAGCUCUGAAGAAAGCUGAUAUUGGUGUAGCUAUGGGUAUCGCUGGAUCUGAUGUCUCCAAACAGGCUGCUGACAUGAUUCUGCUGGAUGAUAACUUUGCCUCCAUUGUUACUGGAGUAGAAGAAGGUCGUCUGAUUUUUGACAACUUGAAGAAAUCCAUUGCGUACACCCUGACCAGUAAAAUCCCUGAGAUGUCUCCCUUCCUCUUCUUCGUCAUCGCUGGCAUUCCUCUUGCCCUGGGAACUGUCACUAUCUUAUGUAUUGAUCUAGGAACUGACAUGGUACCUGCUAUUUCUCUGGCUUAUGAAGGUCCUGAGAGUGACAUCAUGAAGAGACAGCCCAGAAAUCCCCAAACCGACAAAUUAGUAAAUGAAAGGCUCAUCAGCAUGGCUUAUGGUCAAAUUGGUAUGAUGCAAGCAGUAGGAGGCUUCUUUACCUACUUCGUAAUCCUUGCUGAGAACGGAUUCCUGCCCUUGUUUCUGAUUGGACUGCGUGUAAACUGGGAUAACCCAUACUGCAAUGACUUGGAGGAUAGCUAUGGCCAGCAGUGGACCUAUGAGAGCAGAAAGAUCGUAGAGUACACGUGCCACACUGCCUUCUUCAUGAGUAUUGUGAUUGUGCAGUGGACUGAUCUGAUCAUCUGCAAGACCAGGACAAACUCACUCAUACACCAGGGAAUGAAAAACAAAGUCCUCAACUUUGGUCUGAUCGAGGAAACGGCUCUGGCGGCCUUCCUGUCCUACUGUCCAGGCACAGAUGUAGCUGUGAGAAUGUAUCCACUCAAACCCUGGUGGUGGUUGUGCCCCAUGCCAUACUCCCUGCUCAUCUUCGUCUACGAUGAGGUCAGAAAAUACCUCCUUCGCAGGAACCCAGGAGGUUGGAUAGAAAAAGAGACAUAUUACUAAACUGCAGUGAUCAGUGAUCUAUGUGCUCCAAUCAUGCCCACAGUCACAUCUGUAAUGUAAUGUAAAGUUGAAUUCUGAAAAUAAAACAAUGUUAACAGUG